UCCAUACAAAACGAAGGUGGCUUUCAAUUAACGCUAUCUAUCAAUUUGAAUCCAGCUUAGGUUUUUUUUGCGUGGGCUAGCUGUUGAUAAUUUUGAUCAUUAGUGGGCUAACGGUUGAUAAUUUUGAUCAUUAGCAGUACUACAUAUCAAGAUUCGAUUCAUAAUAACAGAGAAUGAUGAACAUGUGUAAUCCCCAUUUGCUUUCAAAUGUGGCAACGAAUGAUGCCCAUGGUGAGAACUCUCCUUAUUUCGAUGGUUGGAAGGCGUAUGAUGAUAAUCCUUACCAUCCCAUCAACAAACCUCACGGUGUCAUCCAAAUGGGCUUAGCAGAAAAUCAGCUAUGCUUUGAUUUGAUAGAGGAUUGGAUGAGGAGGAACCCUCAAGCAUCAAUAUGCACUUCUCAAGGGCUGUCCAACUUCAAAGAGAUCGCUCUCUACCAAGAUUACCACGGAUUGCCAUCUUUCACAAAGGCGGUGGCGGAGUUCAUGGAGCAAAUAAGAGGGGGGCGAGCCAAGUUCGACCCCAAUCGCAUCGUGAUGAGCGGAGGAGCCACUGGUGCUAAUGAACUGAUCGCCUUCUGCUUGGCCGACCCCGGUGAAGCCUUCCUCCUGCCUACUCCUUACUAUCCAGGGUUCGACCGCGAUGUUAAGUGGCGCACUGGGGUGGAACUGAUACCUGUGCACUGCAAGUACUCCAACGACUUCCGCCUCUCUAUCGGGGACCUUGAAGCUGCUUAUAAUGGAGCCCAAGAGAGGAACAUCAAGGUUAAGGGAGUCUUAGUAGCCAGUCCCUCGAACCCACUCGGCACUGUUCUAGACGAGGCCACCCUCAUUGAGCUCCUAGAAUUCUCAACCCAAAAGCAGGUGCACCUAGUUUGUGAUGAGAUCUACUCCGCCACCGUCUUCUUCAGUGACAAGCGCUUCAUCAGUGUAGCAGAGAUCCUGCAGAAGUACCCUGGCCGGUUCGACCAAACCCUCGUCCACAUCGUUUACAGCCUCUCCAAGGACCUCGGCCUUCCUGGCUUCAGGGUUGGGAUCAUUUACUCCUACAAUGACAUUGUGGUGAAGAGCGGGCGAAGGAUGUCGAGCUUCGGGCUCGUAUCCACUCAGACUCAGCACCUCCUUGCAUGCCUCCUUGCUGAUAAGGUCUUUGUGGCUAAGUUCCUCGAAGAGAGCCGAGCACGGCUAAAGGCACGGUUCACUACGUUGACUAAAGGUCUGGAGAGAGUGGGGAUCCACUGCCUUAAGGGAGGCGGUGGGCUCUUUUGCUGGAUGAACCUGAGGCCACUGCUCCAAGAGGCCACUGUGGAGGAGGAGCUGCGCAUAUGGAGGCGCAUUGUCCAUGAGGUCAGGCUCAAUGUGUCCCCAGGAUCCUCCUUUCACUGUACAGAGCCCGGGUGGUUCCGAGUCUGCUUCGCUAACAUGGAUGAGGCGACAAUGGCUACCGCCCUUCAUCGGAUUAAAAGUUUCCUGCCAACAAUGGCCCCAAGGCGACGCCGACCCGAAAUAGGCCUGGUUCUCUCUGCUUCUCGGACCAUGGAGGAGAUGAAGGACCAAGGGAAGCACAUGCUUGACUUCCAUCCUCUCUCAUCUCCUCAUUCUCCUCUCCUCAAGGCCACCUCCUGACCAACCCACCUUUUUAUUUUCAGCCUUUCUUAACUACUCAACUUCUAGUUCUUUGAUACUCACAUUGCCUGUGAGCAUUCCAUUAGGUUUUAUGGGGCACCUUCCCCCAUUAUAUUUUUUUUUCCAAUUCUUUGAAUUGGAUAAACAUUUGCUAGGAUCACUUGAAUCCUCAAGUAAAUAAUAGAGCAAAUGUAAAAUACAUAUUUUUCUGUAAUUGCACAGAUCACUUGAAUAUUCCUGCUUUCUUUUCCUUUAUUUCUUGGUAAGUUUUGUUUUUUUCCAUCUGUAUUAAA